AUGCGGUGCGAUGUGGACGAUGAGGCCACCGACCAACUUCAUACUCCUCGUAGGGCGCAGCGUGCUCUAACGAACAUGCCUGAUCAUUUUAGUCCUGACGCUGAGCUUGCUGAAGCGGAACAUGAAUGGUGGGGAUGGCCAGCACAGCAGCAGACUGCAAGCAAUCCAUUUGAAAGCAUGCCGUGGCCUACCCUCACAACACCCCCUGAACUUCCCCAAGAGGUGAGAGCGCCGAAACUUGAGGAAGUAAAGGACAAUCAAGUAGUUACCGCAGAUCGUUGGAAGACCAUUUCACAAAUGCCUACCUUUGAUCCUGCAUCCGGAAAUGCUUCACCAUGGGAGGUGGGGCUGCGAUAUGAGGUAUGGAAGAAGCAGGUGUUAACGACAGCAUCUGCAAUUUCGCCAUCGUUUGUUGAGUAUGUCAAGAAAUGUUUUGAGGAAGGACUCCGUCGGCAUCACGAACAAAUUCAAGGCAACCGUGCCGCACCUUUGCAGCCUAUUCAGGGUUUUCCUGCAGAGUUUGAGGCCCGGUUUGUGAUGUCAUUAUUGACGAUUCUACCAGACAACAUCAAAACUCCAGCACUUGAAGGCGACAAUGUCAGUGAUAACAUCAGAUCAGUGAGGCUGAUUGAAGAGAUCCUCUUGCGUGUCCAACCAGGAGGACUUGAGGAGCAGUCAACUUUGAUGCGUUUCGUUCGAGGCCUGCAGCCUGCGGCAUCAGCUAAGGAAGCACUUGACUUGAUUCGUAGAUGGAAGUUGGCCAAACAGCGGAUUGCAUCACUAGGACUUCCAGAGCCAGCAUGCUUUGAACAGUUGAAAGGCAUCGGCGUUCUUCUGGGAAGGUUAGAAAAGAAACAUGAACAGUUGCGUAUGAGGCUCGCACUCCUUCGAUUGAAUCCGGAUGUCCAGAUGGGUAAGCCGGGAGCAGUGGAAACCAUUCUGGAUAAUUGUGAUCAGCAGUUGCGACAAAUUGCAGCGGAUGAAACUUCAAAGGAGGGUGGAAACAGUGAGUCGAUUAUUGCAGUUACGAAGGGCACUGGCAAGGGUUUAUCCAAAGAAGACAAAAAGAAGAUCACUUGUCCAUUCCUUGCGAAGCCAGGUGGAUGUUCUUUUGGGGAUCGUUGUCAUUACUCACAUGCUAAUCAACCAAGAGCAAAACCCAAAGCUGAGCCGAAACGCGGAGUGCCACCCGCGAAAUCAGAGCCUGCGCCGAAGAAGAAGUGUAUCUUUCAUGCGCGUAAGACGGGUUGUAAAAAAGGGGAUGCGUGUGAAUAUCUUCAUGAAGGGCCGAGUGGAGCAGCUCAAGCCGCAGCUGGAGGACCAGGCCUUGUGGGAGGCACAGCCAGUCAAGUAGAUACUGGCACAUCGUCCGCAUCGGAUUCUAAAGGCACGAAGGCUAAGGCGAAAGCAAAGACCACAGCGAAGGCAGCCCCGAAGGUGUGCACAGCCCAUUCUACUGUGUCUUCAUUUGCGUGUAUGUUUGCUUCGCGACCACUGAGAUCACAAGGGGUCGCAGCAGUGCCACUGGGAGAGCUUUGGAUGUGUGAGAUGGGACCUGAUGAGCUUAUUCAUUGGAUGAAAAAUCCGUUUGGAGUGACGGGGUUUUUCACAUCGACAACGGACUCAUUGUUGGGAUCUGCAUGGUUGGCAGCUUUUGACGCGAAUCGCUUUGAUGCCCUAGCAGACAUUGAUCCAGACCUUGGAGGCGGGAACAGCAUCAUUGAUGUUUCUCUCGCGACGGCUUGGAACCAGAGGACUUUAGAACAUGAGACUUGCUUUGUGUUCAUCAUUCACACUAGUGCUGAAGACUACCUUCAUGUAGCCUUGAUGGUUGCAGAGCAUCGUCCGGGUUGCGAUCGGCCCAUGAAUGACCUUCAGAAGCGCCGAUGGGCUGAAUCAUUUGUUGCACGGCCUAUUGUGGAAGAGAUGGACGGUGAACAGGAGGAGACUCAGUCCGUGCACCCUAGCUUUGGGGAUGACUCUGAGCUUUCUUCGCUGUCGGAAGGAACUGAAGAUUCGGAGGGUUCCACUGUGUCAUUUGAUUCUCGAGGGUAUGAAUCCGAUGAUCAAGUUGAGAGCUUUUGGUAUCUGGUGCUGUCUAGAGAUGAGUAUCUUGAGUGGAAGCGGCCAGGAACAUUGAUCACACGUGCGAGGAACCCCUUUAAGCCUGUCGUGGGCAGUACAUCAGUGGCCACCGGGAUUUGGCGAGCCCUGGAGUCUGUGGACUUUUCACUGCCGCUUCGGCAGUUGGCUAUGGGCCAAGGACAAGUCAUUCUCGAGGCACAGACCGUGUACGUGCUACAUGCAGAUCGGGUUUUCAGGGAAUGUGUGCUAGUGUGGAUUCUAGACAUGGAUUCUGGACAAGAGCAGUUCUUGAUUCUGGCAAAGGGCGUAGUAGCACCGCGAGUGGAAAGGGACAUUAGACAAGUCACGGAACCAUCGCAAGCAGCUCCGCCUCGGAGAUCACCGCCAGGAGGAGACAUGUCCUCCAGCAGUCAGGGAAUUCCACAGGUUGAUGCGUGCAUCAGUGCAGUGAAUCAGCAGGGAUCGGAUGGCAUUCUUCUUGAUUCAGGUGCAAAUGAGAUUCUACGACAGGUCCGUGUCACACCAAAGAAUUCAAUACCUUUGCCGUUGCAGUUGGCCGAUGGCCAGAACAUCAUGGCUCAUCGCACCUGCUGCGGUGAAGUGGUCAUCCAGGGUGAGCCAGGCGAGUUUAUAUGUGGAGUAAAUCGCCUAAUCCAAAUAGGUUGCAAGUUUGAAUGGGAGAAGACGGGAGCCUACCUCACGCUCCCGGAUGGGUGUCCAUUGGUUUUCGAUCCACAUGAGUGGCAUGGUACAGAGCCAUGGAUUGGAGAGAGGUGUACAAUUGUUGCCUACACUUCGGGAGCUUGGGAACAGUGCAGCGGAGAUGAGAAGGCAGAGUUGGCACGUUUGGGAUUUCCGUUACCGCGCAGUAACAUGGUUGCAACAGCAGAGCAAACCACAGCAGACAUCGACACAGUUCCAGUUCACACCACAGUCAACAGUGAAGGGAACCAGAAGGGUUUAUGCGAACGGGACUUCACUGAAGGGGUUCAGGGUGUUCAGGGUCGUAGAGACGUGCAAUCAUGUGCUCAUGGAGCCUCUGUGUUAGAAAGCGACUUGGAGUAUGAGCCCUCGUUGCUGGCUGACGCACCGGUCCUGGAAUCCGAACCUGAACUCAUCUUGGAUCCUGAUCAGGAUUUGCCAGUUGCCGAUGAGGACUCUCCGUAUGAAUAUGCGCACAAACAGAAGCCAGAUCACACUGUUGCUGAUUUUGGAUCCCGUGGAACACUGCGUCCACAUCGAAGGCUAAGCCGUGACGAUGUGGCGCAAGGCUGUUUGUCUAUUGACAUCACGGGUCCUUUCAAAAAGGGUUUCGGUGAUUAUCGGUAUGCUUUGAUUGGAAACUUCAAUGCUCCAGAGUCUGAUCCCUUAUACUUCUGCAGACCGCUGAAACGAAGAUUGAAGGCAGAGGUCAUCGGAGUAGUGUUUGACAUGGUUGCUCAGAUUCACUCCAUGGCUGGCGCGAGGCCAGAAGUAGUACGGUUACAUAGUGAUUGCGCUGCUGAGUUUGUGGCCAAGGACAUGAAGGCAGCCGCGGAACAGAAGGGAAUCUAUCGCACCAUGUCAGUUCCGUAUGAGCAUGCAUCCAACGGAAGGGCUGAAAGAGCCAUUAGAUACUUGAAGGAAAGGGCAACUAAGUUCAUUCUGGAAUCAGGUGCACCGUCGGAGCUGUGGCCUUUUGCACUAUGUGAGGCGGCGAUCGUGCAACGUGAGGAGGUGUUGAAUCUCAAAAGGAUGAAGAAUCAGCCGAAGCCAUGGAUGUUGGUUGCGAUCAACAUUCAUAGUCCUGAACCCUUCACGGCAAAAACCGAGACCGCACGCUUCCUGUGUAGGGAUGAACACACCUCCAGCGGAGCUUUGUGUAUGGUGUCUAGGAACGGGAGGCAGGUGAUUACAACGGCACGGUUACCAGCUGUGAUUCCGGUGGAUCAGAGGGUGUGGCGUACGCAUACAACACCUCUAGGAGAUCUGGUAUGGGUGUCAGAUCGGGGCGACGUUCGAGAUGCGGACGCCUUGAGGGACAUUGGUCAAGAUCUGGGGUUGAUUACGUAUGAAGAAAGCCAGCUGGGACCAUCGCCAAACGCAGGGAACUUUCCAGUGCACAUCGCAGCCAAAACGGUAUCUGCGCCACACAGGUGCACUUGCAAGAGGUGUACAUUGAAACGACAUUCUGAACCUGCCGAUGCUACAGCCUAUCAGGUUGGAGAUGCUGAUGAGGAAACAACUGCUGAUGAAAAGGCAGCUUUACUUCAAGAGGUUAUGGCAGCUAAGGCGAGUGCAGAAACUUUGACCACAUCGGUUUUAUUUCAAGGAACACCUGAGCGCAGGGAGAAGUGGUAUAAGGCAGCGGUCAAGGAAAUGGACGGGAUGAAGGCCAAAAACGUUCUUGAGGACUUAGAUCGGGAUCAUUUGCGAGAACAGUUGGGGCUGAACCCAGAUGAGCCGAUUCCAGAAAUUCUUCCAUGUAAGCUGGUCGUGGCCGCCAAACCAGAGGAUGUGGCACCAAUCACGGUUUCGGGUGACGGUACAAACGCUGAUCCUGCAGAGCAACCUUGGAAGGCCAAGAUUCGGUUAUGCGCAUGCGGAAAUUUCGAAGGGGCUCGUGAACAUGAGGAUAACACCACAUCCAAUGUGUCGCCGAUUGCUUUACGCCUUAUGGCGCACGAACUUGCAAAACACAAAUCAUGGGUUGGGGCCAAUGGGGAUGUGAGUAUGGCAUUCCUGAAUACAGAGUUAGAGCCAUCCGAGAUUGUCCUACUCGAGCCGCCAUCGGCUCUUAAGAAACUGGGCCUGGUGGCACCUCGCACCAUCUGGCGUGCACGACGGUACAUCUACGGCCUGAGGCGAUCACCAAAGAAAUGGGCACGCCUACGCGAUGACACCAUGCACGGCAAGUCCUUGAAGUAUGACGGGAAUCGUGAACUUGUGAUCUCGUUGGUUGAUGAACAGGAGGGCAUUUUUCAUAUUCGGGAUUCGGCGUCGCAGGAACUGGUUGCGUUAUGCGCGAUGUAUGUGGAUGACAUUUGGUGCAUUGGGUUGCCAUCUGCGGUUACUGCCAUUCUGGGCUUCGUGUCAGGCACUUGGGAAACAAAAUUGGGGGGAUUCAUUUCCCGAGAUCCUUCCGUAACCAUCUCAGUGAAUGGCGAGGCUCUUCCCCGUUUGGAUGAGAUCACGUUCAUCGGGCAGCAGUUCCGCUUUGAGGGUGACGAGGUUGUGAUUAGUCAGCGGUGCUGGUUGUUGAAUGAACUUGCGAAAAGAAAUUGGCUUCACUUGAAGGGCACUCCAUCAUUACCCAUCCUCGAACAAGGACCGGAUGAAGAUCGAGAAUCAGGCGAGUAUAAGCGGCACUUGCAGGAAGCUCAAACUGAAGUAGGUUGUUUGAUGUGGUUGAGCACGAAAACGAGACCAGACAUACUUGCUUCAGUAUCACAAGUUGCUUCUUUAAUGCAUCGCAGACCGCUUCGAGUGAUUCAAGUUACACGCGGCAUUUGGCGAUACCUGAGAUCCACCUUGAGCUUGAGCCUUCACUUCAAUGGUCACGAUGAGGGACACCUUGAGGCCUACAGUGAUGCAUCUCACGCCCCGGAGGGCGGUCGCAGCCGCUCAGGCGGAGUGGUGAUGUUGGGAUCCUCGCCUAUUGCAUGGUGGACUUCCAAACAGACGGUGACAGCAUGGUCAACGUGUGAAUCGGAGAUGGAUGCUAUGGCGUUGACCAUUUCGGAAACUAUCAAAAUCCAAGCCUUGAUUGAGAACAUGACAGGCUGGGCAUUGAAAAGUUCGUUCCGAAUCUAUGGGGACAACGCAGCCGCUGUGACAGUGGCAAAUCGUGAACACUUCACGUUGGGAGCGUGGAGGACGAGAACGUUCGCUUUGCGGGCGGAAUGGGUGCGAGACCAGAUGAGCUUGUAUGAUUUGGCUCUUUUGCACCACCCUGGAGAAUCGUUAGUGGCGGAUAUGCUUACGAAAACGCUGCCAAGGAUGAGACUCCAGAAGCUCCGCGAGCUUUUGUGUUUGAAGUGA